GGCGAGUCAGUAGUCAGUGAGAACUCUGAAAUCGUUAAUUUACUAGUUUUAAUAACGAGUAACUGAAUUUGUAAAAAAAUCUCAUUUGGAAAUCAAGGUCAAAUUCGAUGCUAAUAUGAUAGUUUUCAAUUCAUUUUGGAUUCUCGUUUCAUUAUUCGUGAUAUAUACGGAAGCUAAAUCAAUCGAAAUUGACGAGAAUGAUGCAUGGGAAGAGUUCAAAAAAGAAUACAAUAAACAAUAUUCGACGGAGAGCGAAGACCAACAACGUAAAGCAACUUUCGAAGAAAAUUCCAAACUGAUCAAGGAGCACAACGAGCAAAAUCAUCAAUUCAGAUUGAAAAUGAAUCAAUUUGGAGAUUUGACUCACGAGGAGUUCAUAAGGUACCUAUCUUUUACGCCUGCCACUCCAACAAACCAAAAUGAUUCAGAUGGUGAUUCAACAGAUGACGCUUUAUUACUCGACAAUACAUAUCCCAAAGCAAUCGAUUUACGUAAAACAGGAUGCGUAAGUGAGGUCAAAAAUCAAGGUGACAGACCGAAUAAAAUCAGUUGGGCUUUCAGUGUGGCUGGUGCUAUUGAGGGGCAAGUAUUUAAAACUGAGGGAAAAUGUCUACAACACCCUGUACAGAGCCUCAGUGAACUAUUUUUAAUAGAUUGCCAGAACGAAAAUGGAGUAGGAACAGAAUUCGAUAAAGCAUUGGAAUUAGUAAGACAGCGUGGUAUUUAUACAGAAGAAUUAUACAAGCUAGUAAAAAAAUUGGAUGUCAAAUGUCCGGAAGAAAAUUAUCCCAUACGAGCAUCAGUACUUUUUGAAGUCCUGACAAUUAAGGAAGCAACUGUAGGGAGAAUGAUAAAAGAAAUAUACGGACAUGAAAACUCUGUCCCAGCCACAGUUGAUGCCUCCCAUCAAAGUUUUCAAUUUUAUCACACAGGAGUAUACAACGAGCAAAAGUGCGACAUCGAAAAUCAGGUUGCAAAUCAAGCUGUUUUGAUAGUCGGAUAUGAUGAAACGGAUAGUAACGCUAAGCACUGGCUGGUGAAGAAUUCAUGGGGAAAAAGUUGGGGAGAAGCGGGCUACAUGAAAAUCGCUUAUGGAACUUGCGGUAUUGAAAAAGAAGCGUAUAUAGUAACUUCUGCAAAAUGCUCUUGCGGUUCUAUGAAGGCCUCCUGUCAUAUUAAAGGAAUUCUCGAAUAAUUUUUUUUUGAUAAAUGACGUCAAUUUUUUAUUUUUUAGUGAUCAAAUCUCUAUUAGAUAUGUUUAUUCAGCCAUUGUUAGUUUAACUGAACAUUAAUUUGUGAUUUCAUUACUUGAAUCAUUCACUUACGUCAAAUACAGUCAUUUUAAUGUUU